AAAAAUAGAAGGCAACAAAUCUAACUUGCUUACCUGCAACCCUCUGUUCACACUGGGACACAUAAACACAACCCUCCAAAAAGCAAAACCAAACUCACUUUCACUCUUCAGUGUCUCUCAUCACUUGUGUAGAAACUAACUAGAACCAAACCCCAAACCAAUCUCCGUUCCAGAUUCUUCAGACGCAGAUACUCUCAACUCUCAACUCUCACCUCCACUAUGGCCCUCUCCGUUCCCAUAGUGACUGUCAUCACCUCCCUCCACCUCAUCGCCUUCAUUUUCGCCGUCGGCGCCGAACGACGCCGUUCCACUGCUAAGAUUGUCCCCGACGAGUACGACGAGCAGACCUACUGCGUUUACGGCACCGACGCUUCCACCGUCUACGGUUUGGCCGCGGUUGGCCUUCUUCUGCUCAGCCACACUGUGCUUAACGCCGUUACCAGGUGUCUCUGCUGCGGCAAAGGCUUGGUCUCUGGCUCCUCUACUACUUGGACCGUCUUCUUCUUCGUCUUCUCCUGGACGACCUUUUUGGGAGCCGAGGCAUGCUUAUUGGCUGGGUCAGCAAGGAAUGCCUACCACACCAAGUAUAGGGGGAAAUUCAACCUAGAUGACCUGUCCUGUGCCACUCUCCGUAAGGGCGUGUUUGCUGCAGCAGCUGCUCUUACACUGUUGUCGCUGAUAGGGUCAAACCUGUACUACUGGUCACAUUCCAAAGCUGAUACUGGUGGGUGGGAGAAGCACCACAAUGAAGGUGUUGGCAUGGGUGAAUCUAAUUAUGGGCAGCAUGAGCAGCAGCAGCAAAAGCAAACCACUGGAUUCGAGAAGGUGUAAUGCUGCUAUGAUACAGCUUUGUUUUGAAUGGCGGCCGUGCUGUGGAAUGAGGUUGAGCAGAUCAGUAUUGAAAGUUUUUGUGGCUUCUACUAGACUUGUAUAUGCUAUGUCAUGAUUGUCAUCUGCUCCGUUAGAAAUGUGAGUGAAAUAUUUUGGUGAACCAUGGAAGUAAAAUUAACAUAUUCCAUCAAUUAAACCUUGUAAUAUGCACUACUAUGUACUUGUGUUUGAAAAUUCAAGUUGUACUCCCCAAUUUGCUCAUA